AUGAAACUUCCAGUGAAAAACGAACUCUCCGUUCUUGGAUGUUUGUGGAACGGUGCCUUAAAUCCUGACAUUUUCAUUGGGAAUGUAAACACUCCAGAGUCAAUUGUCUUGGUUUCCAAGGUGAAGACUCCCUGUUUGUCUGCUUGGAGGUUUGGAGAAGGCCAAAUCACUCAUGAGCAACUGCGCGAAUUCCUCAAGUAUGCCACGCAGGGAAAACAGCACAAUGUCACUCCGCCCAGUUGGUGUCGUAUCCACCACCAAAGGCGGGCUGGUGUAAUGGUGGUCAUUUUACAUCACGUGGAUCAACUCCAUUUCUACCGGUACUACCUGCAGUUCAAACAUCUCCGAAAGACCUUCAAACACCGUUUCUCUCUGCCUGGCCUCUCUGGUGACUUCGUCAAAAAACUUGGGCUGGACACAAUCACCCGUCAGCAGCUCAGCAAGGAAGAGAAGGAUGGAGUCCCCAUCAUUCAGAAAACAUGCAAAAAAGGAACACAGUCUCUCAAGUUAUAUGUUAACCCGCAAAGAGAUGCGGUCUAUGAUUACCCUGUAGAAGGUUAUGGCGACCGCAGCCAUUUUGUCCCGACGCACUGCAAUGGCCCGAUUAUGGAUAGCAGCCCGCUCUUCGGACUGGAUUGUGAAAUGUGUCUCACCGAUAAGGGAUCAGAACUCACCCGAAUUGCCGUGGUGGACACCGCCGGUCGCUGUCUUAUGAAUGAACUUGUCAAGCCAAAAUGGCCAAUCAGGAAUUACCUGACCUGUUACUCGGGGAUCACGGAGGAGUUGCUACGCCCCGUGGAAACCACCCUGGCAGAAAUCCAGAGCCGAUUAAACGAUAUUCUGCCUCCGGAUGCCAUUUUGGUGGGCCAUUCCUUAGAUGCUGAUCUCCGAGCUCUAGAAAUGAUUCACCCGUACAUUAUAGACACUUCGCUUCUCUACGCCCGGAAAGGGGGCAAAAGAUUCAAGCUGAAGUUUUUAGCAGCUGCUGUUUUAGGGAAAGAAAUUCAGAACACGGGCGAAUUGGGUCACGAUCCCACCGAAGACGCCCAAUGCGCCCUUGAGCUGGCCCAGUAUUUCAUUGAGCAAGGAUCCAGGAAAGUUGCAGAGUUGAAUCUGGAAGCCAGAUUGUCCGAGGAAAAGAAGAUGGAAGAGGCAGAGAGCAGGGUCAGGGCGGAACACAAUGACAGGAUCCAGACAGGGGUACCAAACUCCAGCCUUUUAGGCAACUUACAGUCGGCCAGUGGGAAAACGUUACUUCUGGGACAACAAAAUAAUGCUCAGAAUCAUACGGCUUCCUUAAAUGAGCAAGUCCUCCGGAAAGCCCUGGAAGAGAUUCCUAAAUCUCCCGUUAACGUAAUUCAAUUGGUUUUGGAUUCGAAGCACGUCACAGCUGGCCGCCUUGCCGAAGCCACUUCAAAGAUGAGGGCCAAGCUUUCGGAUCUGCUGACCAUCUACGUGGGGCCUCUGACCAAAGACGUUUGUCUGAAGACCGUGAAAAAAGUCUUUAGGAAAUGUGGCCACAUUCAGACGAUGCGGCUCAGUUCAGAAACGUUGAAGCCCCACCUCUGUAUCCAAUAUGAAGUGUUGGAAGGUGCACAGCUGGCUUUGGAAGAUCUGAACGGAGCAGAAAUUGGAGGAUGUGCCCUCAAGGUCCAAAGGCCCGUCAGUGAGGUGACCCUGGAUGGGGAGAUGCUCCUGCAAGGGCUGGAACGAGAUCCUGAAAACGACGGGAUCCUUUACUUGGCCGGAUUGAGGAAGUGCCGAGGGGAGGCAGAGCUGCAGGAACAGCUGGGCCCUUUGGAAGGUUUACGGUCCAUUUUUUGGCCAAGAGAUCCCCAGACCGGAAGACCGAGGAGUUACUGCUUUCUGAGGUUCCAGAGCCCGGCGUGUGCCUGCGAGGCCCUCCAGGCCCUUCAAGGGAGCCCCUUCCGGAGCCGGAGAGCCUUCACCUCUCCCACCUUCUUCCAGUGGGCCUGCCUGGUGAACAAAGAGGGCCCAGGAGGGGCAGAAGUGCCGGAGAAGCGGCUGCCGCCAUCCCCCUUCGAUCCGGAACUUGGUUUAAAGAAAGCCAUCAAGAAACUGGACCGUACAGUCAAAACACUUUAUGAGCAGAUUCCAGAGAAGACACUUUGCCUUGUUCUGUUGCCAGGCACGAACAGAUCGCUUAACGGACUCAGCCUUUUGGGAAUCAAAGGCGAAAAGAGCAUUUCCUCGUCCUGCUGAAAGCUUCAAGGGCCCCAGUUUUUUAUUUUUUGGGCGCGGAAAACAGCUUGUCUCUCUCUCUCAUGUAUCCUGAAUGUCUCCAAGCUUUGCCGAGCAAUCUUUUUUUUAAAAAAAGUAUGACAUUAUUUUUUUAAAGGCAUCCAACCAUCUAAA